CUGGUGCUAACCUGCAUGGCUGAAGGGAGCUGGCCACUGGAGUUUAAAUGGAUCCACAACAGCACAGAGUUAACUCGCUUCUCCCUGGAGUACAGGUACCUAAUCCCUUCGUUGGACCGCUCCCAUGCUGGCUUCUACCGCUGCAUCGUCAGAAACAGAGUGGGAGCCCUUCUGCAGAGGCGCACAGAAGUACAGGUGGCCUUUAUGGGCAGUUUCGAGGAAGGUGAACGCACCCAGUCAGUCUCUCAGGGAGAGGGCGCCGUAAUCCCAGCACCACGCAUUCGCAGCUUCCCCCAGCCACAAGUCACCUGGUUCAGAGAUGGGCGCAAGAUUCCACCCAGCAGCCGCAUUGCCAUUACUCUGGACAACACGCUGGUUAUCCUGUCCACAGUGGCGCCAGAUGCCGGGCGCUACUACGUCCAAGCAGUAAAUGACAAAAACGGAGAGAACAAGACCAGCCAGCCCAUCACCUUGUCAGUAGAGAAUGUGGGAGGCCCAGCAGACCCUAUUGCCCCCACCAUCAUCAUCCCUCCCAGGAAUACUAGCGUGGUCACAGGCACCUCAGAGGUCACGAUGGAGUGCGUGGCCAAUGCCAGACCUCUUAUCAAGCUGAGUAUCUCUUGGCGUAAGAAUGGUGUGUUGGUGACCAGCGGUUUGAGUGACUUCAGCCGCAGGCUGACCAUCCUCAGUCCUGUGGUGAGUGAUUCCGGCUACUACGAGUGUGAGGCCAUUCUCCGCAGCAGCAGCGUGCCUUCAGUCAGUGCUGGGGCUUAUCUGCAUGUACUCGAGCCACCUCAGUUUAUAAAGGAACCAGAGAAACAUAUUACAGCCGAGAUGGAGAAGGUGGUGGACAUUCCCUGUCAGGCACGGGGAGUACCACAGCCAGACAUUGUGUGGUACAAGGAUGCUUUGCCCAUCGACCCAGUGAAGACACCCAGGUAUAGGGUCCUGGUUGGAGGCAGCCUGCAGGUCAACGGCCUCCUGCCCGAUGACACUGGGAUGUUCCAGUGCUUCGCAAGAAAUUUGGCAGGAGAAGUUCAGACCAAUACAUACCUGGCUGUUACCAGCAUUGCCCCGAAUAUCACAGCCGGACCCUCCGACAGCACAGUGAUUGACGGCAUGUCAGUCAUCCUGCACUGCGAGACCUCUGGUGCUCCGAGACCGGCUAUCACCUGGCAGAAAGGUGAGCGCGUGUUAGCCAGUGGUUCGGUCCAGCUGCCCAGAUUCACCCUGCUGGAGUCAGGCAGCCUGCUCAUCUCCCCCUCACACAUCUCAGAUGCUGGGACCUACACCUGCAUGGCGAGCAACUCCAGGGGCAUUGACGAGGCAUCCGCUGACCUCGUGGUCUGGGCUCGGACCCGGAUUACGACCCCACCUCAGGACCAGAGUGUUAUCAAAGGAACUAAAGCCAUUAUGACCUGUGGAGUCACACAUGACACCAGUGUAACUGUCAGGCAUGUUUGGGAGAAAGAGGGCACAGUUAUCAACGUGCAGUCCAUUCCUCGCAUGCGACUGGACGCAGAUGGCACCCUCCACAUCUCCCAAACCUGGUCAGGUGACAUAGGCACGUACACGUGCAGAGUUACUUCCGUUGGCGGCAACGACUCCCGGAGCGCACACCUCCGUGUCAGGCAGCUGCCCCAUGCCCCAGAGAACCCCACAGCCGUGCUGAGCACAUCUGAAAAAAGAGCCAUCGACCUAUCCUGGGCCAAGCCUUUUGAUGGCAACAGUCCCCUCAUACGCUACAUCCUGGAGGUUUCUGAGAACAAUGCUCCCUGGGCCAUCCUGCUGGCCAAUAUUGAGCCAGAGUCCACAGCAGUGACGGUCAAUGGCUUGAUCCCGGCGCGAUCCUAUCAGUUCCGCCUCUGUGCCGUUAAUGAUGUGGGGAAGGGACAGUUCAGCAAGGAGACAGAGCGUGUCUCUCUUCCAGAGGAGUCCCCAAGUGCUCCUCCUCAGAAUGUCAUCGCUAGUGGUCGGACCAACCAAUCCAUCAUGAUCCAGUGGCAGCCUCCACCGGAAAGUCACCAGAACGGCAUCCUCAGGGGCUAUACUGUCCGGUACCGUCUCACUGGGUUGCCUGUCGACUACCAAAUCAAGAAUAUUUCCAGCCCAGAUGUGACCAACCUGCUGCUGGAGGACCUCAUUAUCUGGACUAACUAUGAGAUUGAGGUGGCUGCCUAUAAUGGGGCAGGUUUGGGAGUUUUCAGCCACAAGGUCACUGAGUGGACCCUGCAGGGAGUGCCCACCAUCGCCCCAGGCAACGUGCAGGCCGAGGCGGUCAACUCGACAACUAUCCGUUUUACGUGGACAGCCCCUAACCCUCAGUUCAUCAAUGGCAUCAACCAGGGCUACAAGUUGCUGGCCUGGGAGCCUGGCAAAGACGAACAAGUUACUAUGGUAACAGUGAGACCGAACUUCCAGGACAGUGUACAUGUGGGAUAUGUGACAGGUCUGAAAAAGUUCACUGAAUAUUACACCUCUGUGCUGUGUUUCACUACACCCGGAGACGGCCCCCGCAGCCCGCCCAAAGCAGUAAGGACACAUGAGGACACCCCCGGUGCUGUGGGUCACCUGAGUUUCACUGAGAUCCUGGACACCUCACUCAAAGUCAGCUGGAGUGAGCCGAGCGAGAAGAAUGGAAUUCUCACGGGUUAUCGCAUUUCGUGGGAGGAAUACAACCGAACCAACACCAGGGUUACCCACUACCUGCCAAAUGUCACCUUAGAGUACAGGGUCACCGGGCUCACUGCUCUCACCACCUAUACCAUUGAAGUGGCUGGCAUGACCUCCAAGGGUCAAGGCCAGCUGUCCUCCUCCACUAUCUCCUCCGGUGUCCCACCAGAGCUUCCUGGCCCUCCUACCAACAUGGCCAUUUCCAACAUCGGCCCACGCUCCAUCACCCUGCAGUUCAAACCUGGCUAUGAUGGCAAGACUUCCAUUUCUCGUUGGCAGGUGGAGGCUCAGGUGGGUGUGGUCGGAGAAAAUGAGGACUGGGUGAUGGUCCACCAGGUGUCCAACGAACCCGAGGCUCGAUCCUUAGAAGUGCCAGGUCUCAACCCCUACACCUUCUACAGGUUCCGUAUGCGUCAAGUGAACAUAGUGGGCACCAGUCCUCCAAGCCAGCCAUCCAGAAGGAUCCAGACCCUGCCGGCUUCUCCUGACAUUGCCCCUGCCAACGUAACCCUGCGCACCGCUAGCGAAACCAGCCUCUGGUUACGAUGGGUGCCUUUGCCUGAAUGGGAAUACAACGGGAAUGCAGAGCAGGUGGGCUACAGAGUUCAGUACUCCCGUGUGGGCUCACAGGGUCGGGCACUGACCCAUGUCAUUGCUGAUCGUCUGGAGAGAGAGUUUACCAUCGAGGACCUAGAGGAGUGGACGGAGUACGAGGUCAGGGUCCAGGCUGUCAAUGGCAUUGGAAUGGGACCCUGGAGCCAGCCGGUCAGAGGCAGGACCAGGGAGUCUGUCCCCUCCUGUGGACCCACCAACGUGUCUGCCUUCGCCACUACCUCAAGCAGUAUCCUGGUGCGCUGGUUAGAAGUCCCGGAGCCAGACAGAAAUGGUCUCAUUCUGGGCUACAAGGUGGUGUACAAAGAGAAGGACUCUGACAGUGCAAUCCACUUCUGGUCAGUGGAGGGCAACGCAACCCACAGUGUCCAGCUGACUGGUCUGGGGAAAUACGUGCUCUAUGAGAUCCAGGUUCUGGCUUUCACUCGGAUUGGAGAUGGACGGCCCAGUUCUCCACCCAUCCUGGAGAGGACUUUGGAUGAUGUGCCAGGACCUCCAGUGGGCAUCCUGUUCCCUGAAGUUCGGACCACUUCAGUCCGGCUUAUUUGGCAGUCCCCCUCGCAGCCCAAUGGCAUUAUACUUGCCUACCAGAUCACAUACCACUUAAACUCCACCAAUAGCAACACAGCAACAGUCGACGUGCUGAGCCCCAGCGCUCGCCAGUACACAGUGACGGGCCUCAAGCCGGAGUCCACCUAUGUGUUCCGCAUCACAGCACAGACAAGGAAGGGCUGGGGCGAGGCCGCCGAGGCGCUGGUGGUCACCACGGAGAAAAGAGCUCGUCCCCAGCCCACCAGCCGUCCCAUGGUUCCUCAGAAAGACGUUCAGGCCCGCCAGGUUUUGCUGUCGUGGGAGCCAGGCAGCGACGGCCUGUCCCCUGUGCGUUAUUACACGGUGCAGCUUAGAGAGCUUCCUGAGAGCAACUGGACAGUCCACUCUGCCUCCGUCAACCACGAGGCCACCUCCUACAUAGUAUCCAGGCUCAAGCCCUUCACAUCCUACCAGUUCAGAGUAAAAGCCACCAAUGACAUAGGGGACAGUGAAUACAGCGAGGAAAGUGAAGCGAUCACGACUCUACAGGAUGCGCCCGAUGAAGCGCCCACAAUUCUCUCUGUGACGCCCCACACAACGACGUCGGUGCUGAUCCGCUGGCAGCCCCCCUCUGAGGAGAAGAUCAAUGGAAUCUUACUGGGCUUUCGGAUUCGAUACCGUGAGCUGCUGUAUGACCGUCUCCGUAGUUACUCUGUUCACACCAUCAACAGCGUGUCCACCUGGGCCGAGCUCACUGCCCCCUACAGCAUCCGGAAUCUGAGCGACUCAACUCUGACUGAGUAUGAAUUGGACAAGCUAAGUAAACACAAGCGCUAUGAGAUACGCAUGAGUGUAUACAACGCUGUGGGCGAGGGGCCAACCAGCCCACCGCAGGAGGUGUUUGUGGGAGAAGCAGUGCCUACAGCCCCACCCCAGAACGUGGCCAUACAGUCCGCAACAGCCACUCAGCUGGACGUGACGUGGGACCCUCCACCUGUAGAUGCACAGAAUGGAGACAUCCAGGGCUAUAAGGUUUACUUUUGGGAGUUCCAGCGUAAGAAUGAGACGGAGCGGCUACGGACUCUGUUCAUGCCGGAAGGAGGGGUGAAACUGAAGAACCUGACUGGUUACACCACCUAUAUGAUCAGUGUUGCCCCCUUCAAUGCUGCUGGGGAUGGACCCCGCAGCCCACCAACCAGGGGACGCACUCAGCAAGCAGCUCCCAGUGCUCCCAGCUUCAUUCACUUCAGUGAGCUGACCACCACCUCGGUCAAUGUGUCCUGGGGUGAGCCCACAUUCCCUAAUGGCAUCAUUGAGGGCUACCGUCUGAUCUAUGAACCCUGCACACCCGUAGAUGGCGUAAGUAAGACAGUGACCGUGGACGUGAAGGGGACCGGGCCACUCUGGUUGAAGCUCAAAGACCUGGCUGAUGGUGUCACAUAUAACUUCCGCAUCCGGGCCAAGACCUUUAUCUACGGGCCCGAGGUGGAGGCCAAUAUCACCACCGGCCCCGGAGAAGGAGCCCCAGGACCCCCCGGAGAGCCCUUUAUCACACGCUAUGGUUCAGCCCUGACCAUCCAUUGGACCAGUGGGGACCCAGGGCGGGCUCCCAUCACACGCUACGUCAUUGAGGCCCGACCUUCAGAUGAGGGAUUGUGGGAUAUCUUAAUCAAGGACAUCCCCAAGGAAGCAACAUUACAUACUUUCAACAUGGAUAUCCUAAAGCAAGGGGUCAGUUAUGACUUCCGGGUAAUUGGAGUGAACGACUAUGGCUAUGGCUCUCCAAGUCUUCCCUCUCCCUCUAUAUCUGCCCAGAAAGUGGCGCCUUUCUACGAGGAGUGGUGGUUCCUGGUUGUGGUGGCUCUGGUGGGGCUCAUCUUCAUUCUGCUGCUGGUGUUCAUCCUCAUAAUCAGGGGACAGAGCAAAAAGUAUGCCAAGAAGUCUGAAUCAGGUAACAACUCCAACUGUAAUGCUCUGACCCACGGAGACAUGGUCAGCCUGGAUGAAGGACGUUUCCCCGCUCUGGAACUCAACAACCGACGGCUGUCUGUGAAAAACUCUUUCUGCAGGAAGAAUGGCGUCUAUACCAGGUCUCCUCCCAGGCCCAGUCCAGGCAGUCUUCACUAUUCCGAUGAAGAUGUCAGCACAAAGUACAAUGACCUGAUCCCUGCAGAGAGCAGCAGCCUGACUGAAAAACCCUCUGAAAUCUCAGACUCACAGGGCAGUGACAGUGAGUAUGAGGUGGACCCCAACCGACAGAAGACCCACUCCUUCGUCAACCACUACAUAAGCGACCCCACCUACUACAACUCUUGGCGCCGUCAACAGAAAGGCAUAUCCCGGGCACAGGCCUACAGCUACACCGAGUCUGAGUCAGGUGACCCAGAUCACUGCGCCCCGCCGCCGCUGCCUCCUCUACCUCCAUUGCCACCCCAACUCAGUUCACCUAGCCCCCAGCCUCAGCAGGCACAGGGUCAGCCCCAGGGCCAAGGCAGCCUGUUUAGGCCCAAAGGUAGCCGGACUCCCACCCCCUCACAGCAGAGCUCCAACCCUCCCAGCCAGCACAGCACCCUCUACAGGCCCCCCAGCAGUCUAGCCCCAGGCUCGCGGGCCCCCAUUGCUGGCUUCUCCUCCUUUGUGUGAAAAAUGCUGAAAAGGACAUGGAAAUUUCUGGAAGUAUCUACCCAACUUGUGUUGAAGGAGACCAUAGCAUUGCAUAACGCGCAGUCAACCCAAUCAAGUCAUUUACACCUUUCUUUCUUUUUCAUUGCUUUUCUUUUUCUCUUAUUUCACGUUAGUUUUCUUAUUCAGCCUGGAUACAUGCGGAACAACACUACGAGACUUUUUGGAGCACUUUUUUUGUCUAAUGUGUGGAAGUGUGCCAGUGUAGAUUUUGAUUUCUCAAACUAGUUGAUAAAAUACACUCUGCAACAUCUUUUCACUUUUAUUUUGCUAUUUGAACUUUUUGCAUGACUUUUCCUUACAUUUAUUUCCUCCUUUUUUGUCACUUUUCAAAUGGUAAUCUCUUUGAUUCUGUACAAAGUCACAAGAAAGAAACACACACAUAUAAAUAUACAUAUAUAUAGUAGAUGUACCUAGAAGACAAAAUCAUGUCAAUGCAGACUCUGAAUUCAUGGAGACUGAUAUAACAAUAUGAUGGAGCCAUAUUGUGGAGGAGAAAGGACAAGUGUUUGUUCGAAUGGCCUGGCUGUAAAAACAAAAAAAAAAGCAGACGUGGAUGUGGAAUUCAUGCCAAAUCAAAAGAGUUUUAAUGUGUUGGCUGGGUGAGUUUUAAGCGGACAUUGGACAAACAAUCGUGUUUCCAUGGAAACGGCUCUCUAGCCUUUAGCACACAAAUACAUAGAAAAGUCGGACAACAUUUGGCCAUGACGGGUCAAGUGUCUGUGACUGUGCUGUGCCUGAAGGAUCCUGCAGAUAUAUGAAAUGAGUGUAUAUCUGUUAAAGUGGAAGUGUUUAAGUCUCUUUGUAAGUGUGUUACAGUGAAUCAAAGAUGCCUUGAUAGAGAAACACUUAUUUAUGAUAUCUGGCACCAGUUGUGACUGAACUGCUUGCGGUGCCCUUGACUGUGGCAUCGUAAUGGCUGGCCUCUCGCUACGAGAGCCAUCUUUUAAUCCUGACGGAUAUGGGCUGUGAAUCAAUUUGCAUACACAGCCCAUACUUUUUCACCUUUUUGCUGGCUCACAUAUACCCACGUACAUCAGUCUCAUUCUGCACAUGUCUACUGAAAAUGCUUUGAAAACCAAGAGUGUCAAAACUGUCUGAAGUAGUCUGCGACUGUCACAUGUGGGCACAGCUGCUGGUCCUGCUCAAAUGUUAACAGUGUGAUUCUGAUAAGAAACAAAGAGGAUUUUUUUCCUGUUUCCUCCCCUGCUGGUAUAACUCAUGUCUGUCACUGAUCACUAUCAUGGGGCAGUGCUGAGCCUGCGCCAAGAGAUGAUGUCAUUGAAUUGCCUCACCUCUUUCCCUUUUGUGUAAUCAGCCGCUCUGUACUAUUCAGGUGUGACUGUAAUGUCCCAGAUGCUAAUGCGUGCGUGUGUGUGUGUGUAUGUGCGUGUGUGUGGGUGAUCACACUUCUUGUGCGUAAGCUUUACAGAUCAUUCACUGUGUGUCUGGUUAUAAAGAGAUUGUCCUGCAGCAACUGUAAACCUGCCUGGAGUAACGCCACAGAGGGUUGGCACCGUCCAGCCGCCUGCCAGGUGCACUCAUAACGCUAUAGUGAAGACUCAGUGGUGUGUUCCUAGUUUCCAUAGUUCAAAAAAAAAGGAAAAAAAAAAUCAUCUACUUAUUUUUUUUCUCUGUGGGGUGAUUUCAUUGUAUGCAACAAAAGCUUAUCAUGCAGAAUCUGAAUGAAUAUAUGAUCACAGUACAUUUCUGAAAUAAAUUAUUUUUCA